UCCAGGGAAGCUGCUGGGAGAAGUCCUUUAGCGGUUGACUCGAGCCAUGGUUUUAAGGAAAAGCGCUCCCUUCCAACACGCCAGCUUUUGGUUGGCUACUGGGGACAAAAUGCUAUUGGAACAAGAGUCAGCCGACAAUACUGGGAGAAGAACCUGCGCUACUUCUGCAAUAAUCACAAGUUUGAUGUCUACUUGGUGGCAUUUGUGCACCGGCUUUUCAGGAAUAACAGGAACAGAGACCGAAUUCCUGGAAUGAAUUUUGCCCAUCACUGCAGCUACGCACCGGACACCCAGAACCCUGAUGCUUUUGAGUGCGCUACUAUCGGCGGUGGGAUUAGAGAUUGUCAGAAGCUUGGUAAGAAAAUGUUGAUAUCUCUUGGCGGGGAUACCUGUGAUGGCAGCCUUGGGAGUGCGGAAAACGCAAAGAAACUUGCAUACUACAUAUGGAAUAUGUUCCUUGGAGGAAAGGACAUGCAGGAUAAAAGGCCAUUUUUGUGGACAGUAAUGGACGGUGUCGAUCUGGAUAUCGAGAUAGGAAGUCAUAAAUACUACCCAGACUUUGUUCGUGAGAUGAGGCGGCUUAUGAAUACAGACAAAAGUAAACAGUACCUGAUCACAGCUGCUCCCCAGUGUCCCUUUCCUGAUAAAUGGAUGGGACCUCAGAUACAAGGCUCUGCACUAGAGGAAUAUGGCAACGAAUUUGACUACUUGUUUAUUCAGUUCUACAACAACUACUGCUAUCCUGGAGAUCAAUAUUUUCUCCCUGUGAUGGACACUUGGUUAAAGUGGGCACGGGGUAUUCCCAAUGGCCCUCUUGUUGUCCUUGGUCUGCCAGCAGGACCCGAGGCUGCUGGGAAGCCGCAUUACUAUUUCCCGCCAGAUAAACUGGCUGCCGUCUACAAGGUAUUAUUCAUUGAUUAAAAUCAAAUCUCCUAUGGUUACCUGUGAAACCGUCAUUUGCAUUGUUGAGGAAAGCCCAUAGGGUAAGUAACAAUGGACCUCAUAUGUUGGCAAAAUGAGAAA